AUGACCAGCAACUUCUCCCAGCCAAUUUUGCAGCUUUGCUAUGAGAAUGUGAAUGGAUCAUGUAUUAAAACUCCUUACUCCCCUGGGCCCCGGGUGGUCCUGUACAUGGUGUUUGGCUUUGGGGCUGUGCUGGCUGUGUGUGGGAACCUCCUGGUGAUGAUCUCCAUCCUGCAUUUCAAGCAGUUGCAUUCUCCCGCCAAUUUUCUCAUCGCCUCUCUGGCUUGUGCUGACUUCUGUGUGGGAGUGACAGUGAUGCCCUUCAGUAUGGUCAGGUCUGUGGAGAGCUGCUGGUACUUUGGAGCUAUAUUUUGCACCAUUCACAGUUGCUGUGAUGCAGCAUUUUGCUACUCUUCUCUCUUCCACCUGUGCUUCAUCUCCAUUGACAGGUACAUUGCUGUCACUGACCCUCUGGUCUAUCCCAAGCUCACGGUGUCUGUGUCAGGAAUUUGCAUUGGCAUCUCCUGGAUCCUGCCCCUGGUGUACAGCGCUGCUGUGUUCUCCACAGGUAUCAGUGAUGAUGGGAUGGAAAACUUAGUAAUUGCCCUCAAUUGUGUAGGUGGCUGUCAAAUAGUUGUCAAUCGAGAUUGGGUUUUGGUAGAUUUCCUAUUAUUCUUCAUACCUACUCUUGUUAUGAUCAUUCUUUAUAGUAAGAUUUUCUUAGUAGCUAAACAGCAAGCUAUAAAAAUUGAAACUACUACAGGGAGUAGGAAAACAGAAUCAUCCUCAGAGAGUUAUAAAGCCAGGGUGGCCAAAAGAGAGAGAAAAGCAGCUAAGACCCUGGGAGUCACAGUGGUAGCAUUUAUGGCCUCAUGGUUACCUUAUACCAUUGAUUCAUUAGUUGAUGCUUUUAUGGGAUUUAUCACCCCUGCUUAUAUUUAUGAAAUUUGUUGCUGGAUUGCCUAUUAUAACUCAGCCAUGAAUCCAUUGAUUUAUGCUUUAUUUUAUCCUUGGUUUAGGAAAGCCAUGAAACUUAUUUUAAGUGGGGAAGUUUUCAAGAAUAGUUCAUCUACUAUGAGUUUAUUUUCAGAAUAA